AUGUCCUAUCGUUUUGUCUAUCCAAAUGGAAUAAAUCCGAUUAUUGGUUAUGGUACUGAUUCAAUAUUGAUGUCAGCUGGUUAUCCAAAUAUGUAUAAUGAGCCUCAAAGAUCAUAUUCACCGGACUCAUUUUCAUCGGACAGUGAAAGUAGUGAUGAUUAUGAAUAUAGAAGUCAAAUGAUCACACGUGAAACAAGAUGUUCACAAGAUAUAGUUCGUGCAGCAACUCCACCUCCGAUUAUUAAAAGAGUUGUUGAACGUGCUCCAACACCUGAACCACCUACUAUGGAAAGAGUUAUUAUUCGACCGCAAGCUCAAGAAAUUGUUGAACGUGUUAUUGAACAAUCAUAUACACCACCACCACGUUUUAUUCAAAAAGAAAUGCAAGAAGAAGCACCACCACCAAUUGUACGAACACGUCUUAUUAAAGUCGAUCGUCCACUUUGUAAUGGUUAUAGUCAAUCAGGUUCAUCAUAUAAUAGAUUACCAUCAUUCUCCAAUUGUGUUCUUGGUACUAGUAAUAAUUAUCGAUGUCAAUCGAUUGUCGGUUCGAUUGGACGACCAGCUUUAUUUCAUAAUACAGUUGAUAAUAGUCCAAGUUUUUCAUCUUCAUCAAGUUUUGAAUAUAUUUCAUCGAAACCUAUGACAUCAGUUGUACCACCAUCAACAAUGCUGCUUAUGCCAGCAUCACAACAAACACAAUCUUUUGGUAUUAUGCAACAACCACAACGACAACAACAAAUUAUGUAUCGACCAGUUCAAAUGCAAUCAUCACUUCCACCAUUAUCAUCAUCUUUUAUUCCUCAAAAUUAUGCAUAUCCUGUACAUCAUCCUGGUAUGUCAUUUGGUUAUCGUCCAAUGAUACAACAAGGUGGAAUCAUUCCAAGUGGUAUGCCAAUGAUGACAGCUGCAAAUACAUUUGGUAUACCAACAAAUAAUUUUCAAUAUCAAUCACCUUUCUUUAAUCCAAUGAUUCAACAAUUAGUUUAUUAA